AUGCCACCUAAGAAAGUAGCAAUAAUCGGUGGUGGUCCCUCAGGCCUAGUCACAGCCAAAACCCUUCUUCAUAAUUUCCCGCGCGGGACAUUCUCUCCAAUCAUCUUUGAUGGCCAGGACAAAGUCGGAGGUCUGUGGUCAAGUCACCAUCAUUCUCCCAAUCAGGCCAAUGCACCCCCGGUUACACUAGACCCUCGAAUGAGGACAAACCUGAGCCGCUUCACGGUCGCUUUUUCGGAUCUUGACUGGGAGUCUGUGAUUCCCAAUGCGGAUGUUCCGGUUUUUCCUCAAGCGAGACAGGUUGGCGAGUACUUGGCCUGUUAUGCAGAGCGGUAUAUUCCAACCCAUGUGCUUAGGCUAGGGUGUAGUGUGGUAAAGACUGUGCGAAAGGCCGAGGAUGGAGGUGACCCCAGGUGGAAUGUUCAGUGGGUUCAGAAGAGUGCGGCGGAAUCUCAGCCGGGAUAUGAAUCACUAGACGAUUUAGUGUCUUCGGAAAAUUUCGACCUGAUUGUCAUCGCCUCCGGAUACUUUGCCCAGCAGUAUAUUCCAGAUAUACCAGGUUUAAAGCAAUUCCAAGGCAAAAUUAUCCACAGCUCUUCACUUCAUUAUGAGCGAGAGCAGCUUCUUCUUAAUAAGAAUGAUUCGAAUGGCCAGAUCGUCGUCAUCGGCGGCAGCAUGUCAGGCGUCGAAGCCGCAUCUGCUGUGGCUCUCCGCCAAUCUUCGUCUAGACUUUCCACAAACAGAUUCCCACAUACCCAAGAGACAAAAGUGCAUCAUAUACAUUCAAGACCAUUCUGGACUUUACCAACUUACCUCCCCCAUCAGUCGCCCGAUGGGAGUCCAUCGUUUUUACCGUUGGACUUGGCCAUGUACGACCUAGGCCGCCGACCCCCGGGUCCAAUAGAUUACGCCUUGGGCCCGAUCCCAGAGGAAAAGGCAGUCAAAACAAACAGCUACUUCCACUCCUUGCUUGGCAGUGAAUACGAGAAAUAUGCGCACAUGGACUCAACUCACAGCGCCGAAGAAUCCAGAACCCAGCCACCAUGGGUCGCCAUAGGCAAUGAUUACGCCGAGUUCGUCCGAUGUGGAGCGAUUCAGACAUCGAUGGGCCGGGUGACUUGUGUGCAUUCUGAUCCGGAUACUAAGCAAGCUUCAGUUCAGUACGAAGGGCCUGACGGGAAAACCAAGACGAUAGAAAAUGUGGCAACGAUAGUCAUGGCCACCGGAUUCACACCGUACAAGUCAUUGUCACUGCUACCAGAAGAAGUGUUGACGACACUUGAAUACUUCAAAACGGACCCCUUCUCGCCGUUGAUUCUCGACAAGGGAGGCACCGUCCGCUCGGAGAUCCCCGAUCUCGGAUUCGUCGGAUUCUACCGCGGCCCGUACUGGGGCGUGAUGGAGAUGCAAGCGAGGCUCCUUGGCAAACUAUGGAGUGAAAAGGAAACCGGCGCGCUCUGCGAAACAGAGGACCAGAAACAAAGCCUCCGCAGUCUCAGAUUGGCACACCCGGAUCUAGCCCGUGGUCAGUUCCCCAUGGGCGACUAUGUCGGAUUGAUGGAGUCGUUUGCCAAGGAUCUGGAUAUUAGUCGCUCGGCACUGGAUCCAGGUGAUAGUCGAUCCGGACCCGCUAUUCCUGCAAGGUAUCUUUAUGGCGAUGCCCCGACGCCAGGUACAGAGAGUGAGGCGGAGAGGACACUGGAUGCUUUGCGCGACGCUCUUGUCCCUGGUCACGAAGUAGCACAGAAGGCUGCAGCGUCGGCGAUAUUUCGGGCUCUGCAUGGCACUUGGAAGUCGUCGGAGCAGACAGCAGAUACUACUGGACGUAAAACAUCCUCUGGGACUCUGGCCUUUUACCCGCGGUACCCGACUAGCCCAGCAUAUGAUAGGGAGUAUGUCUGUGUGGAGACAGUGGAUUCAACCGGACGGGAACAGCCUACACGAGGCAAUGUGCGGUUCAUCAUGCGCUUAGCAGAAGUGGGCUUUGGUGUUGCCACUUCCCGAAUUGAGAUAUGGUCUUCGGGCUUGGCAGAUACCCUGUUAGCUGAUCAACUUAUCCAGGGUUGGGAGUUGACGCCAUUUUGCCAAGAGAGAAAAGACGGUACGGAUAUUCCUGGGGAAUAUGUGAUAUCCGCCAAGAGCCAAAGCGUUGAUUCAAGCUCUAGAGUCGAGUAUUUGUAUACUUUUCAUUUCAAGGGUGUUUCCAUCUUUUCCUGGGAAUGCGUUGAGGUGGACAAUUUGGGAGGGAAAACGGAGUUAACUUCCUAUUCCUACACAAGAGACUAA